UCGUUUGGCACAGAGCAUCAUCAACUACUGCGUGAUUGUGUACAUGGAUGGCAUCCUAGUGUAUUCGAGUUCCUACGAGGGACACGUGCAGCACAUCGAAUGGGCACUGCAUGCGUUACGAGAUGCAGGUUUCAAGGUGGCGCUGGAGAAGUGUCAGUUUUUCCUCACCACCAUUUCUUUCCUAGGGCACGUGGUGACAGACAAGGGACUCCAACCGGACCCGCAGAAGGUGGCAGCUGUCAGGGACGCGCCAGUGCCUACCACUAUCACGCAAGUUCGCGCCUUUCUGGGCCUAGCCUCGUAUUACCGAAGAUUUAUCAAGGGCUUCACAACGAUUGCGGGACCCCUCACAAAUCUUCUGCGCAAGGAUCAGUCGUUGAUCUGGACGCCGGAGUGCGAUCAAGCGUUUUCCAAACUCAAGGCUGCUCUCAUUUCGGCUCCGGUCCUUAUAAGACCAGAUCCCGAAAAGCCUUUUGUUCUCAUCACCGACUGGCAGCCAGAGGCGAUUUCGGCGAUCCUUGCCCAGGUGGGACCAAGCGGACUCGAGAGUGUGGUGGAGUAUGCGUCCAAAUCAGUACCCGCCUGCAAGCGCAACUACGCCGCUCCGACGGGAGAAUGCUAUGCGACUCUUUGGGGAAUCAGUCACUUCUGUGCUUACCUGUACGGACGAAAAUUCACCCUGGUGACUGAUCAUGAGCCCUUGUUGGCUCUGAAGAAGUCGAAGGAUUACUCGGGCAUGAUCGGGCGAUGGGCAACGGUGUUGCAGAGCAUGGACUUUGACAUUCGUCAUCGAAAGCACGAGAGACACGGGAAUGAGGACGGGCUGACACAAUUGCACCAACCUGAGAAGGUUCCAAAGGGUGAGGAGGUGAUUCCGUGGAACGAACCCGAGCAGAAGAUUGGACCUCGGUACGGCCAAGAGCUCAUCGCACUGAUCGUGCAAUUGGCGGACGAUAUCUCGCCCGACAUAUACUUUCAGAGCGACAACAGUCCUCCUCUGUACAUUUUCGAGCGAUCCUUGGAUCCGUACCUUCAGUGGACUUCGUACUUGGAGGAACCUAGGGACGAGGAUACGCUACCAUCGCCGCAGGAGUAUCUGAAGCCGUACGAGAUCAUCCCUUAUGCCUUCUACCCGAGGGCAGAAGAAGUGGUGAUUGACGACGACGACGACGAAGAAGAAGACGACGACGAGGAGACAUCGGAGAAGGGAAGCCAUAGUGAACAUAGCGAGGGCGAGCUGAGUGAGGAGGAAGAGGAAGAAGAAGGGACCGGGUCCGAGUGUGAAGCCCCGCCGGAGGAAGCGACGCGUACGGGAACGGAGGCGGAAGAUCCGGAAGCGGCGCGAAAGCGCGAAGAGAUUGCCUCCGGAAAGCCCCAGCUAGAGUUCGCUAGCAAGGCUAGCCUGCGCAUCGGUAGCGAUCCGACCAGGGAUCCAGAGCCACCGAGGCCCGAAGAUGGCGACCCUGCAGCCGCCACCUCAAGUACCGCGCGACAGAGAAGGCGCCGAUCCCCCUCCUCCUCCAACCCCACCCGUCCCCCUGUUCGCCCACGUACCAAUGCGGGCGAUAGGCCUUCGACCUUGGACGCUACCCCGCUGACCCCUUGAUUUUCUCACCCUCGAGCAGAUCUGUACCCCCGUCACCUUCCCUUCCCAUCC